CCGCUCCCUCCUGUCUGUGGGAGAAGAGGAGAGAGAAGCGGAGGGAGGAGGUCCGCCAGCUCGUCCUCCUCAUCCCGAGAGUCCAGAAGAAUCCAUAACUUCGUGCGUAAAAGCGCGGCGCGUCCUGUGCGCGCAGAUGGCACCGAGGGCGCAGCGGCGUUUGGAGAGUUUGUCCGGAUCAGUCUGAACCUGGACCCGAACUGUUGGUGGCAUGUGAACGUGGAUUCAGUUACGCAGCCGUUACGCGUCUCUCUCCGGUGUUGUCGCUCUGGACCGGGAGGAAGGAAGGGUCAGUUCGGGGUUCGGUUUUGGUGCCGCUAGGUCUCGUGUCAUGAUGGGACACCGCAGUGCUGCUCUGCCGCGAGGAUGAGCCACCGAAGCAGCCCGGCGCGGGCCUACGACUUUCUGCUCAAGUUCCUGCUGGUGGGAGACAGCGACGUGGGAAAGGCCGAGAUCCUGGCGAGUCUGCAGGACGGAGCCUCGGAGUCCCCGUACGGAUACAACACGGGAAUCGACUACAAGACGACCACCAUCCUCCUGGACGGGAGAAGAGUCAAACUGCAGCUCUGGGACACGUCUGGUCAGGGACGGUUCUGCACCAUCUUCAGAUCUUAUUCCAGAGGAGCUCAGGGAGUCAUCCUGGUCUACGACAUCACCAACCGCUGGUCCUUCGACGGCAUCGACAGGUGGAUCAAGGAGAUAAACGAGCAUGCACCGGGUGUGCCUAAGAUCCUGGUGGGGAACCGCCUCCACCUGGCCUACAAGCGGCAGGUGACCACGGAGCAGGCGCAGGCCUACGCCGAGAAGCUGGGCGUCACCUUCUUCGAGGUCAGUCCUCUGUGCAACUUCAACGUCACCGAGUCGUUCAUGGAGCUGGCGAGAAUCGUCCUGAUGAGACACGGCAUGGAGCGACUGUGGAGGCCCAACAGAGUUUUAACUCUCCAGGAUCUUUGCUGUCGCUCCAUCGUCUCCGUGACUCCGGUUCAUCUGGUGGAGAAGCUUCCCCUCCCGCUGGCUCUGCAGUGUCACCUCAAGUCCUUCUCCGUGGCCAACGGCCUCAACGCCCGUAUGAUGCACGGUCAGUCCUACUCCAUCACCGCCUCCUCCGCCCGUCAUGGCGCCACCAAGAGGACGGGAGCGGCGCUGCUGAAGAAGCCCAGGCUGAUCCGGCCGCCGCCCCUGAGCCCGACGGCAGAGAGCUGCAGAAACAGCUGUAAGAUUUCCUAAUUAUCCUCCUCACGUUGGUGUGAACGAGGAAACAGGACUGAAAUAAAUCCACCUGAGACGUUUCUGUCAGAAUUAAAGAGGAAAGUUUUUGAUGAGAACAUUUGAGUCCAUCGGUACGACAGUGUAUAGAGGAAGUUUAGACAACGAGUUGGAAAUAUUUUGUGGAAAACAAAGUAAAAUGUAAAUUUAUAUUUUGACAAUAAUGUUGUGAAUUUAUCUUUUUCUAAAGCUAAAGUGCUAAAACAUCAUAUGAGCUUUUAAUCCACGUGAAAUCAGCUUUGUCUCAAAAAUAUUUUUAGUUUUCUCGUAAAUGUACGUUUUUAUCUUCCAAAUCUUUAAAUCUAAGUCAAUAUUUUGUAAAGUCAUGAUUUAUGUGGAUACGUUUUUAUACCUUUUUCCUCGUUGUGAGUCGGACAGAAAAGAUCACAACCUUUUAUUUAAUAUCAUAUAAUAUAAAUUUAUGGUUUUCUUGUAAAUUUUUAUUCUCACAAUGUUUUUUGCAAAAGAUUUCUCAUAAAUAUACAUUUUAUGAGAUAAAUUAAAUCUAUGUGUUUUUUUUAUUAUUAUUUAAAUCUUUAAACGUCCGGUGUGAUAUUUGUCGUGUCUUUAAUAUCCACACUCACCACUAGGUGUCACUACAGCGUUCACACUGGUCCUUUAAAGGAUAGUUUCAUAAUUUAUUCUCAGACGAACUCUUUCUAGCAGGUUUAUGACUUAAAAUAUUUGACUUUAUUUAUAAAGAAUUUAUGACUCUAUUCUGAAAAUGUUGAAUUUAAUUCAACUUUCAAAGAUGUUUUUCUUCCAAAUAUUAAAUCUUUCUCAAAGAACAGCAGCUGUUUUCCUGAAAUAACUUUCAGCAUGUUUUAUUUACGAUGACAUUAUCACGUCAUCUUCUUCCUAACAGUGAUCGGAUGAUACUCCGUCGUACUUUAGAAAAAAAACCACCUGCUCUGAUUUUAUCACAGACUGAAGAAGAAGAAGAAGAAAAGUCCUUGAUUCUGGUUCUUGUUGAUGUGUAACAGUUGGAGGAAUCUUCCUGUAACGCGUCUUUAACGGACGCUACGUUGUGCAGCUUCUUCCUCAGGAUGUUUUCUAUAAAUGAAACAGAGCUGCUCAUAAACACACUUUAUAUUUGCACAACAAAUUCAACGUAGGACUCCUCCUCCUCCUCCAUCUUCUUCUCUUUCUUCUUCUUCACAUCGUAACCAAACCGUCUCCAGACACAAACAGACUUCGGUGUUUUUGUACAAUAUUUGUACAUGUCAGUGUGUAAAUAUGCCUGUUAUAUAUGAUGGUGAUGAUGAUGAAGAGCCCGUGUCACAGUCACUGAACAGGAAGUUCUGUUUUACACCGUUUCUCAUCUGAAGACACUUUCACAAUAAAGUUUCUCUUUCUUCCUG